AGUGGAAGAAGAGGAAGAAGAAUGGAGAAGCAGAAAUGGGGUUUCAAGGAGAACCAUGAGCUGCAUGCUGCUGCAGCUAUAACGGUCAGAAACAUUCUUCAAGCCAUCAUUGGAAACAUUGAUGAAACACGGACUGGAAAACCAAUGAUUCAUCUUGGACAUGGUGAUCCUUCUGUUUAUCCUUGCUUUCAAACAUCUACAGUAGUCGAAGAUGCACUUGUUGAAGCCAUUCGAUCCGCCAAGUAUAACUGUUAUGCUCCAGGAGUUGGAAUUAUUCCUGCAAGAAGGGCUGUUGCGGAGCAUCUAUCAAGAGACCUUCCCUACAAGUUAACAACCGAUGACAUAUUUCUAACAGUUGGAGCAAACCAUGCUAUCGAAGUUUUAGUGAAAGUUCUUGCUAGACCCGGUGCAAAUAUACUCUUUGCUAGACCUAACUAUUCAUUAUAUGAAGCUCAAAGUCGAUGUAAUCUACUUGAGGUUCGUCAUUUUGAUCUCAUCGCUGAGAAAGGUUGGGAAGUUGAUAUUGAUGGUGUCAAAGCUUUGGCAGACGAUAACACGGUGGCUAUAGUUCUCAUUAACCCAGGGAAUCCUUGUGGAAACGUUUUCACAUUUGAGCAUAUGCAAAAGAUAGCAGAAACAGCAAGACAACUUGGGAUUUUGGUGAUAGCAGACGAAGUUUAUGCCUAUCAAGUUUUUGGAGAAAACCCAUUCAUCCCCAUGGGAGUAUUUGGAGAUAUAGCACCAGUUGUGACGCUUGGGACAUUAUCAAAACGAUGGAUUGUUCCAGGUUGGCGCUUUGGUUGGAUAGCAAUAACUGAUCCUACUGGCAUUCUUCACAAAACUGGGAUUUCUAGUUCCAUAAAGAGUUGUCUCGAGUUAACAGCAGACCCACCCACUGUAAUUCAGGCGGCAGUUCCCCACAUUAUGGAGAACACACCAGAGUCUUUCUUCUUGAACAUCAACAAGUUACUAAAGGAGGCAGCGGACUUGUUUUAUGAGAGACUUAAGGAGAUACCCCUUCUUGAAUGCCCACAUAAACCCGAGGGCUCAAUGUUUGCCAUGGUCAAGAUAAAUAUAUCAGCUUUUGAUGACGUAGUUGAUGAUACAGACUUCUGUAUGAAGUUGGCUAAAGAGGAAUCGAUCAUCCUUUUUCCGGGGUAUGCUGUCGGUUUGAAGAACUGGGUCCGAGUGAGUUUUGCUUCAGAACCGAAAGUACUUGAAGAUGCAAUUGGGAGGGUAAAAGCGUUUUGCUUGAGACAUGCAAAACAGUAGUAGGAUAAUAUAUGCGAGUACUGUGGAUAAUUGUGCGUCCAAAAAAAUUGCAAUAAAUAUGGAUUAAAAUAAUCAUUUAUCGAUUUGUAUUGAAACCUAAAUAAGUUGUAUGAGAAAAUAAUUUGUAUGGG